AUGGCCAGAAGAGGUAAGAAGCCGGUGGUGCGGACGCUGGAGGAUCUAACGCUGGACUCGGGUUAUGGUGGCGCGGCGGACUCAGUCCGCUCCUCCAACUUGUCCCUGUGCUGUUCCGACUCGCACCCGGCGUCCCCGUAUGGCGGGAGCUGCUGGCCGCCUCUAACUGACUCCAUGCACAGCCGGCACAACAGCUUUGACACUGUCAACACUGCCCUGGUGGAAGACUCCGAGGGGCUGGACUGUGCCGGCCAGCACUGCUCGCGGCUGCUGCCGGACCUCGACGAGGUCCCCUGGACCCUCCAGGAGCUGGAGGCGUUGCUCCUCCGCUCACGGGAUCCCCGGGCAGGCCCGGUGGCCCCCGGCGGCCUGCCUAAAGACGCACUGGCCAAGCUGUCGACGCUGGUGAGCCGGGCGCUGGUACGCAUCGCCAAGGAGGCACAGCGCCUGAGCCUGCGCUUCGCUAAGUGCACCAAGUAUGAGAUCCAGAGCGCCAUGGAGAUCGUGCUGUCCUGGGGCCUGGCGGCGCACUGCACGGCGGCCGCGCUGGCUGCGCUAUCCCUCUAUAACAUGAGCAGUGCCGGUGGCGACCGCCUGGGCCGCGGCAAAUCGGCGCGCUGCGGCCUCACCUUCUCUGUGGGCCGCGUGUACCGCUGGAUGGUGGAUAGCCGCGUGGCGCUGCGCAUCCACGAGCACGCAGCCAUCUACCUGACGGCCUGCAUGGAGAGCCUAUUCCGGGACAUCUACGCGCGGGUCGUGGCCUCCGGGCUGCCCAGGAGCUGCAGCGGCCCGGGCCCGGGCUCCAGCUCCGGCCCAGGCCAAGGCUCGGGCCCCGGAGCAGCCCCCGCAGCGGAUAAGGAGCGGGAGGUCCCGGGAGGGGGAGCGGCGAGCGGCGGCGCCUGCAGCGCAGCUAGCAGCGCCAGCGGGGGCAGCAGCUGUUGCGCCCCGCCGACCGUCGCUGCUGCUGCCGCCGCCGCAGCCCCACCGGCAGCCGCCUCCAACCACCACCACCACCACCACCACGCCCUCCACGAGGCGCCCAAGUUCACCGUGGAGACGCUGGAGUACACGGUCAACAACGAUUCCGAGAUCUGGGGGCUGCUGCAGCCCUACCAGCACCUCAUCUGCGGGAAGAACGCCAGCGGAGUGCUCUGUCUUCCAGACAGUCUGAACCUUCACCGGGACCCGCAGCGGACCAGCAAGCCGGGAGAGCUGCCCAUGUUUAGCCAGUCCGAGCUGAGGACCAUCGAGCAAUCCUUGCUGGCCACCCGCGUCGGCAGCAUCGCAGAGCUGAGUGACCUGGUGUCCCGAGCAAUGCAUCACCUGCAGCCCCUCAAUGCCAAGCACCAUGGCAAUGGCACUCCCCUGCACCACAAGCAGGGGGCGCUCUACUGGGAGCCCGAGGCCCUGUAUACCCUUUGCUAUUUCAUGCACUGCCCGCAGAUGGAAUGGGAAAAUCCCAACGUGGAGCCCUCCAAAGUCAACCUCCAGGUGGAAAGGCCCUUCCUCGUGCUGCCGCCGCUGAUGGAGUGGAUCCGGGUGGCCGUGGCGCACGCCGGCCACCGCCGCAGCUUCUCCAUGGACAGCGACGACGUCCGCCAGGCCGCCCGGCUGCUGCUGCCCGGCGUGGACUGCGAGCCGCGCCAGCUCAGGGCCGACGACUGCUUUUGCGCUUCUCGGAAGCUGGACGCAGUGGCCAUCGAAGCCAAGUUUAAGCAGGACCUGGGCUUCCGGAUGCUGAACUGUGGGCGGACGGACCUGGUGAAGCAGGCAGUGUCUCUUCUGGGGCCCGACGGGAUCAACACCAUGAGCGAACAGGGCAUGACCCCCCUGAUGUACGCCUGUGUCCGUGGGGACGAGGCGAUGGUUCAGAUGCUGCUGGAUGCCGGAGCUGACCUGAAUGUGGAGGUUGUCAGUACUCCUCAUAAAUAUCCAUCCGUCCACCCCGAGACCCGCCAUUGGACGGCUCUGACUUUUGCUGUGUUGCAUGGACAUAUUCCUGUAGUUCAGCUCCUCCUCGAUGCCGGGGCCAAGGUGGAGGGCUCUCUGGAGCAUGGUGAGGAGAACUACUCAGAAACGCCCCUCCAGCUCGCAGCCGCCGUAGGAAAUUUUGAACUGGUUAGUUUGCUGUUGGAGCGAGGCGCGGACCCCCUGAUAGGAACCAUGUACAGGAAUGGAAUUUCUACCACCCCCCAGGGUGAUAUGAACUCUUUCAGCCAGGCCGCAGCCCAUGGACACAGGAAUGUGUUCCGCAAACUGCUCGCUCAGCCAGAGAAGGAGAAGAGUGAUAUCCUGUCCCUGGAGGAGAUUCUGGCCGAGGGGACUGACCUGGCGGAGACAGCCCCGCCCCCCCUGUGCGCCAGCCGCAACAGCAAGGCCAAACUCAGAGCCCUGAGGGAGGCCAUGUAUCACAGCGCUGAGCAUGGCUACGUGGAUGUCACAAUUGAUAUCAGGAGCAUAGGUGUCCCGUGGACCCUGCACACGUGGCUGGAAUCUUUGCGGAUCGCCUUCCAGCAGCACCGCAGGCCCCUCAUUCAGUGCCUGCUGACGGAGUUCAAGACCAUCCAAGAGGAGGAGUACACGGAGGAGCUGGUCACCCAGGGCCUGCCCCUGAUGUUCGAGAUCUUGAAGGCCAGCAAGAACGAAGUGAUCAGCCAGCAGCUGUGUGUCAUCUUCACUCACUGCUACGGGCCGUACCCCAUCCCCAAGCUCACAGAGAUCAAACGGAAGCAGACCUCACGCCUGGAUCCUCAUUUCCUUAACAAUAAAGAAAUGUCAGAUGUCACCUUUCUGGUAGAAGGAAGACCAUUUUAUGCUCACAAAGUGCUGUUAUUUACAGCAUCUCCAAGGUUCAAAGCACUCCUCUCCAGCAAACCAACGAACGACAGCACCUGCAUAGAGAUCGGGUACGUGAAGUACCCCAUCUUUCAGCUGGUUAUGCAGUAUCUCUACUACGGUGGCCCAGAGUCGCUUCUCAUUAAAAACAACGAGAUAAUGGAGCUCCUGUCUGCCGCUAAAUUUUUCCAGCUGGAGGCUUUGCAGCGACACUGUGAGAUUAUCUGUGCAAAAAGCAUCAAUACCGACAACUGUGUGGAUAUUUACAACCAUGCCAAGUUUCUUGGAGUCACAGAGCUCUCAGCAUAUUGCGAAGGCUACUUUCUCAAAAACAUGAUGGUCCUUAUCGAAAAUGAGGCCUUCAAGCAGCUCCUAUAUGACAAAAAUGGUGAGGGCACGGGCCAGGAUGUGCUGCAGGACUUACAGAGGACGUUGGCCAUCAGGAUUCAGUCAAUCCACUUGUCAUCUUCCAAAGGCUCCGUUGUAUGA